AUGCCGCCCAGGACGAGAGCGGGGGUGCAAAGCCAGAGACAAAAGGAAAAGGUGCGUCCAGGACUGUCUUGCUGGCGCCGCGGGGAGAGCUCUCCGCAGUAUUCUCCGGCGCCAUCGCAAGGACGUGUGGCUAACAGAGAGACCAAUCUUGGUCGCGUGCGGUUACAGCUUGCGAACUCCUACAAUGAAUUACUCGAGGAAUUUUCCUCCAAGGAUCUCCGCAGCGUGGGGAAUUACACUCUAGGGAGAUUGAUUGGCAAGGGCUCGUUUGGAAAAGUGUAUCUCGCGUCGCACAAGCUCACCAAUGGUUCCAAGGUGGUGCUCAAGUCCUCUAGCAAGGAGGACACCAACCUCUCGCGCGAAAUUCACCACCACCGCCAGUUCCUUCAUCCCCAUAUUGCGCGUCUUUACGAAGUUGUUGUAACGGAAAAUCUGGUCUGGCUGGUCCUGGAAUACUGUCCUGGCGACGAACUCUACAAUUACCUCCUCGAUCAUGGACCUCUCCCUGUCGAGAAAGUAAAGCGGAUCUUCACUCAACUUGUCGGAGCAGUCGCCUACGUCCACAGCAAGUCCUGCGUCCACCGCGACCUCAAACUGGAGAACAUUUUGCUGGAUAAACACGAGAAUGUCAAGCUUUGUGACUUUGGGUUUACACGCGAGUAUGAGGGCAAGGCAAGCUACUUGCAGACGUUCUGCGGAACCAUAUGCUACAGCGCACCGGAGAUGUUGAAAGGGGAAAAGUACGCGGGCGAAAAGGUUGACGUUUGGAGCUUGGGAAUCAUUCUCUAUGCGCUUCUAGCCGGCGAGCUACCCUACGACGACGACGAUGACCAGAUCACCAAGAAACGGAUCCUCUCCGAAGAGCCCAACUACAACGACAAGUUCCCGGACGAGGCAAAGGCCUUGAUCAAUCUUCUCCUGUCGAAACGACCGUUGAUUCGGCCUAGCCUAGAGGACAUCCUCGCUCAUCCGUUCCUCGUAGAGCACGCCCCUGAGCAACUGGCCAUCCUCAAGAUCCCCCGUCCUUCACCGUUUACUACGCCUCUCGAGAAGACAACUUUGCAGCGAAUGAAAAGCGCCGGAGUCAACAUCGACGAGGUCAUCGAAAACGUGCUAGCUCAACGAUGUGAUCCCCUGGCCGGAUGGUGGGCGCUCUUGAUUGAAAAGGAACAGCGCAAAGAGCAGAAACGGGAGCGAAAACGACAGCAGCGAGAGGUCGAGGCUAAGAACCUCCGCCGCCUCAGCGCUGCUAGCAGUCGUUUGGAAAAGUUAUCCUCAGCCUUGGUCGAAGUGGACGAAGAAGGUCAAGCAAAUUUAGACACCCAGCUUCAAGAACGAGGCCGCCGGGAUAGGCGAAGCCUCCCUUCUCAGCUUGCAGUUCCAGAACUACCCUCGCUGCCCGAGCCUUUGCCUGUACGCACGCCUACCUCUGCGACCACCCCACCGGCUAUUGAUAAAGAUUCUAUACGCUCAAACUCGACGAUGCGACGCCGUCCUGUCCCUCCGCCAAAGGACAAAAGACGAUCUCGUCCGAGUAUGCUGCAUGUUAGUGCCUCGCAGCCAGAGCUGACGCAACACCACGGCAUAUUUCGCCGUCGUACCAAUCGUCGCCAUCAUCCGUUUUUGAGCCAGCUUGCGUCCUUGAAACAUUGGUUUGUGGAGUCGGCGAAACGAGCCCGCUCCCCAAAUGCCAAAUCAACUGGAUCGCGCAAGUUCCUGGCUGAGAAGUUCAGCCCUGCAAAGAGUCAAGACACUGGAAAGAAGGCUUCUUCUCCGUUAUCUACUGCCGAAGAACCACCGGGAGAACUGGUGACACCAACCCAAAACAAACGCAUGUCCGCUGCCAGCAGUCUAGCUCCUAGCAGUGCUGCAUCUUAUCGACAGAACAGACACUCCUAUCCUCGUCAGCCGCGUCCAUUGAACACCAGUCAUUCCAGCAAUCGGAACUCGUUGUCACCAUCCCCAAUUACGCCGCGUGGAUCAUACCGACGCUCCUCGGCUGGGCUCCGAGGUCGAAAGUCAACAUCGUCUUCAGUGUCCUCUAUUCGAAGUAUUCACCACACACGGGCUCACUCUAAAGCGUCUUCGAUUUCGUCGAACAGCAUAGACACAGUUGCAACACCAACGGCCAGAAUCUCCAAGUCUCCUCAUAACUCCAUCAAGGUUCUACCCACCACGCCCGGGUCAUCUGCUCGCUUCCCUAGCAACAUCCGACUUGUUCGUGGUCCCGGCGGUGCCUCCAAGGAGGUAGCAACCGACAGUGAGAUGCCAUCCGCUUUCAACGAGGCUGCACCUGCACCUCUACUCUAUUCUCCUUCGUCGAGCUUGGUGUUUGCCCGACGAAAGAGAUCUGCCUUCAAGGGUCCUAUGCUCCACACAACGAACCUGAUGGUUUCUGGUGAAAUGGUUCGCUCUCCUGUUCCGGGCCAACCUGUGGUCGGUGACGAAGCCAAUCCUCCUAUCCCUGCCGGCCGGCCGGCUGCGCGAAAGAGCCAGAUCAUAGAAGAAGAGGAAGACGAUGAUGGCUUCGAGGAUGAAAUCGAAGAAGUCGACGAGUUUGAUGGCCCCGAGGAAGAUCACAACGAGGCUGUCCCCAAGAAAACCAGCCGGGAGACGACUAUCAGAGAAACCUCCGAGACUACUGAACCUGAAUCCCCCUCGUCUGUUCGCAAGCCAUCACUGGAUCCUGCACCCGAGCUAGAAAGUAGUCCAGCCCGACCACCUCGCUCAUCUUCUCUGCGAUCACCUCCACCAGAGGCCGCCGCUGCUGUCGCGGUCGUGCUGGCCAACGAAACCGCGAAAGACGAAGCCGCCGCCGCUACAACCAACAAUGCCGAGAAUUCGGAGGCGACGAGUAAACCCGUCACUUCUGCAUAA